AUGUGUGAAAGCUUCGCACUUUUCAGGGCCAAUGAGGGAAGGCCUUUCGACUUCUCCUACGAAGUCAAGGACGCCUACAAAGGCCUGGACUUCGGCCACAGCUCCGACUCCGACGGGAAGGUCGUCACCGGAAAGUACUACGUCCUCCUCCCCGACGGUCGCACUCAGAUCGUCACUUACACCGCCGACGACGACAACGGAUACCAGGCUGAAGUCAGGUACGAGGGCGAGGCCACGUACCCUGAGUCAGCUGGUGCGUACCCCCCAGCGCCCCAGGAAACUUACGGUGCACCCGAUUCGUCAUACGAGGAACCCCAAAACAGUUACGAAUCUCCCGAAGUGUCCUACGAAGCACCAGAACCUCUCUAUGGUUUGCCUGACAACUGA